UCAGAAAAAGGAACCAAAUGAUCCUGACUUAAAAGGAUAUUUAAAGAUUAUAAAAGAUUGUCCAUUGGACAGUCCAAAACUUUUAAUUGAUGAUAAAAUAAAACCAGAUGAUAUAUAUCCAAGAACUUUCAAGAAUAAAAAAUUUGAUAUUAGUAAUUUAAAUCAACCACAUAUUAAGAAUGAACUUGAUAAAGUAUUAAGUCCACAAUUUUCUUCUGAACAAAACUGUAAUAAUAAUUAUAAACAAAAAGCUAGACCGUCAUUAAAAGCAAAAAGUAAUAAAAAAAGGCUAUUAUAUUCAAUUGCUUUAGACCAUAAUUAUGCUCAACCCUUCAAGCUUGGAAUAGAUUCUCAAAUUAAAACAGAAAGCAUUUUAAUAAAUCAAAUUAUGUCUUCAGAAAAAACAAAAAAUGAAUCAUCAUCUGUGAAUGCAUUACCAAAAAAUGAAAGUAUAGAAAAAGAAAAUAUGUACAAAGAAACAGGAUAUGAGAAUUUUAAUACAGAAUUUCAAAAUCACAGUCAGAAAAACAGCCAUCAGGAAGUCUGUUCAAAAAAGUUAGUUAAUAUUAUGAACACUAAUUUUGAUGCAGUUUGUAAAGUAAAAGAAAAUAAACUACAGUAUUCUGUUACCAGAAAUCUAAAACAAUUGUAUUUUCCAUCUAAAAAUGUUAAUUCACAAGCACUUGCUUCCUUAAGUUCAAAAGGAGAACAAACUGGAAAAGUUUUUGAAAAAGAUAUGGAUGUAAAGCAAAGAGAAAAAGGAAAAGAUAAUAUGCUGAAAACUGAAGAAGACAAUUAUAAAACUGUUGCAAAAACAAUAAUUAAAUAUCCAUCAACAUAUGGUAGAGGAUUUAUUACAUCAGAUAAUGUUAGUGUUAAUAGGAACUUAAAACAUCAUCAUUCUUGGUCUAAAAGUUAUUCUUCAAGAUCCCGAUCAAGAUCUAGUCAGUCAAGUGAAUCAAAAUAUAAAUCUCAUAAAUCUUCAGAUUAUUAUUCUUAUAAGAAGAAUAUUUCAAGUUCUAGGUCCUCAGAUAGAUCCCGAUCAAGAUCUCCUAGUCAGUCAAGUGAAUCAAAAUAUAAAUCUUGUAAAUCUUCAGAUUAUUAUUCUUAUAAGAAGAAUAUUUCAAGUUCUAGAUCUUCUUCAGAAAGCUCCUCUGAAAAUGAUUCACACUAUAAUUAUAAAACAUCACAAUCAUCACCAAGAUACUAUCAUUCUUCUCCAUGUUCAAAAUAUAGUUCAAGUUAUGAAUCACAUUCAUCAAGGUAUUCAAGGAGAUAUGAAAAGAAUAAUUAUGGAAGACAUAGGAAAAGUGAAAACAUUCAAGCAAUUAUGGAAAGGAGAGUAGUAUAUGUUGGACGUUUGCCAGAUGAUAUUACUAGAAAUCGACUUUAUGAUUAUUUUGAAAAGUUUGGCAAUAUUUUAGAUAUUAAUAUUAUUCGUAAAAAUGACAAUUCCAUCAUUUAUUCAUUUUUAACUUUUGAAUAUACCUGUGAUGCUGUAAAAGCUAUAGAAGAUGCAUCACAAGAUCCUAUUUUAUCAAACUUCGCUGUUGAUUUUGGUGGCAGAAGGCAAUUCUGCAGAGAAGUGUAUAGAGAUUUAGAUGGUGCUACAUAUAAAGCCAGCAAAUUGAAUGUAGACAGGAAUUAUUGAUUGGAUUUCUACAUAUCAAUUAUUUUGGGGUGAGAUGUUCAGCAUUAUCUAAGAAGUAUGUGAUUGCAAUUGGUUGAAUGGCCUAGGUGUACAUAGUGAACAAGAAACAUCCUCAUGUGUGUAUAUGAAUGUAUAUAUGUAUAUAAGGUUUUUAAUUUCUUCAAAAAGGAAUGAUUCGACAAAUGAAAUAAAUCAUGAUGUGUUGCUCCGUAAACAAAGUUUUUUUAUUUUAUUACUUUUAAAGUUACAUUACGGAAAUAACACUUUUGAAAUACAAUCUACACUCUCACCUGUAAACAAAGAAACGACAUUUAAAGUUUAUUCUUCACUAUAUCAAUUCCUUUUUUAUUAUUUAUCUUUUCUCGCUUCACCAUAAUGUAUCAAUUAUGCCGUAUCGUUUUUCUUACGUCUCAUGUCGAUGACAGCGCGACGCGCGGAUAAAGUUUUCAUAUAUAUAUAUAUUAGGGUUUCUCAAACGGGA